UAUUACAGGUAGUAAUAUGGGCCACAGAGUUUAUGCAAAGGUUUGUUAACCUAAUGCAACAUACUAUAUAAAGAAUGUCCAACUGAAAACUUCUCUUCUCUUCCCUUCCCUUCCCUUCCCUUACCAUCAUGCCAAGUAAAACUGUAAAUCUCUCUCCAGUCCGCAUAUCAAUCAAUAUUGCACAUCUUUUUGUCUCUCCCCCCUGCAUUCUCGACCUUAAGUAUGUUGCCCCAACAUUCUUUGGUAUGACUUCGACGAUAUGUUUUCACUAUCUUUUUAGUCCUAGCUCAAAAAAGUUUUCUAAAUUGUUCUUUGAACUUGCUUGAAUAUUUUUGUUCUUCGGGAUGGAAAGUUUUGCUUCUGUGAAAUAUCCCUUAUCCCUUGUCAUCUGAUUUUUUUAAAGAAACUAUUAUUUGACCAUUGUUAUCAUCUGGCAUUGUCCGCCCAUCGCUACUCAUGAAAGGUGAGGAUCGCAGCCGAAAUGACAUACUUCUGCAACAUCCCAGACGAAAUAGGGUUGGAAAUCCUAGCAAGGCUGCCUCCCAAAUCCCUAAUGCGAUUCAAAUGUGUCCGUAAGUCGUGGUAUGUCCUUUUUAACAAUCCCCAUUUCGUAGCUGAGCACCUCCGUUUAUACAACGACCAACCCUCCAGCUCCUCCACUUGCAUCCUUUUCAAGCGUUCUGUCCUCAGCACUACCGAAUUCAACAACGAGGAACUCGUGUUUUCAUUCCUAAGUCUUCGCAAUGACAAAGACAGCGAUGUUUAUCACAACCCUAAUUGUACUGUUGAGGACCUACAUUUUCCGCAUUCUAUGGGAUUAAAAAGCAGGGGACAAUUUAUUGAGCUCCCUGGCCAAGAACUUGGUGAAUCUGUGAGUAUUGUAGGUCAUUGUGAUGGGAUUUUUUGUUUAUAUCUUUAUACCGGAAAACUUGUUUUAUACAAUCCGGCAAUCAAGGAAUUUAGGGUUCUUCCCGAGUCAUGCUUCGAAGAUGCGUUUUCGUGUACGUUGGGAUUUGGCUAUGAUCCGAAACGUAAAGAUUACAUACUCAUCAGCAUCGUAUCUUAUGGUGAGGAAAUAUUAGAGGAUGAUCGUCUCAUUAUUCAUCCUCCCCAAGCAGAAAUAUACACAUUGAGUACUAAUUCUUGGAAAAAGAUCGGGACAGACUACUUGGAAACAGAAAAUACUUAUUUUUGGGGUAACGAUAAUUUCUCGACCUACUUCGAGGGAGUUUUUUAUGGGUUGGGAUAUGAGGAAAAGAAGGAAUUUCUGCCAUUUUAUGGCAGACUUGAAGAGGAAAAGAGGCAAUUGGUCAUUUCUUACGACGCAAUUAAUGAAGUUUUUCAUGAUAUAUUACUUCCGGAUUGUUUCUACGAGUUUCCGACGCAUGAGUUCUCGCUUACAGUGUGGAAUGAAUCUGUUGCUCUUUUUGGCUUUUACCAUGGCGAAGAUGAAGAACCCUUUGAAAUUUGGUUGAUGGAUGAAUUUGAUGAUGGUUGGACAAAACAUUUAUCUGUUGUGCGCAAACUGGAUCAAGAGGUAGAUAUUCCAUUAAUACUUUGGAAGAGGGACGAGGUUCUUUUGGUUGACAUAGAUGGACGCUUAGCCAGCUACAACUUCAACACCGAAAAUCUUAUGUAUCUUCCUGUUCAUGGUGUGUCCCGAGGAGAUUUUCAAGCUGUUGUUUGUGUCGAUAGUAUAGUUUCUGUCAAUGGUGAUAAAAGGUUAGAGAUCAAAGAUAGCUUUGUUAGAUGAAGUCUGUUGAAAAGAUUAUGAGAAGAUUAUUCUAAUGGCUUAUUCUAAUGGGAGCCAUUUUCUUCUGUCGAAGAUGCUCCACUCACAGUGCAUCGUGGACAGCAAGGGUCUUCACAUGGACUGCAUCAUUGUGGACAGCAAAGAUGCAUCUUCCAAUAUAUUUCUUUAUUGCAUGCGUGUGUAAUAUGAUGUAUAUAAAUAUCUGCUGCUAUUGCAACAGAAGAUAGAUAGAAAAUAUUCAAUCCAUUUUUAA